UCAAACAUAUACGUGUACGUAAUAUAUAUGGUGAACUGAUAUCAUAUAUGUGGUGUACUAUUUUAUAAACUUUCAGUACAGUACAUAUGAUUUGCGUAUUUGUUUUCUGACACGAUUGUUUCAGAUUCAUGAGCAUUUUUUAAUAUGAUAUCUGUAAGUGUAGUUCUUUGCGUCGUGUCAGUGGCAGAUAUAGACUAAUGAUGUGCACAUGAAUUUAUUAAUAAAUGAUUAAACGACUGUUUUCUUUCUUAAAUUUUAUUUGCUGGUGUGUUAGUUAUAUAGUAUUGUGUUAGUUAUAUAGUAUUGAAAGAAGGAAAUCAUAAAGAUGACUCAAGCACACCGUGUUUCCAUCAGAGACUUGAGUGAGGAUGAUAUACAAAGGGCUUUUGAGAAGACGUUACAAGAAUUUAAUCCUAUCCCUGGCAUCAAACUAGUUCGCAUUACUGAAGAGUAUUAUGAAAAAGCUUUGAAUUUGUGCCGUGAUCAUUUUGUACCUCAUGAACCGCUGAUGAAAUCUCUGGGAGUCAAAUGGGGUGAUUUUAUUGAGGCAUAUUGGUUAAAAGCUCUGAAACUCAACCUUUCGCUAAUGUUCGUUGAUGAGGGAACGGAUGAGCCUAUCGCAUUUAGGACAAUAAUGCAUAUUUUCAAAGAUGACAAAUUCCAGUUUGAUGCUGAGCAGCUCUCAGACGAAUUAAAGAUACUGAUAGAUUUUGCUCUGUACUGUGACAAGCAGGCUGAUUUCUUUGACCAUUACGGUGUUACCGAGGCGUACCGUUUUCUUUCAUUGGUGGUUACACAGAAAUACCAAAGACGCGGCUUUGCUUCGAAGAUUUUUCAUGCUGCGAUUAAUCUAGUUCGCAACUUUGGUUUUGAUGAGGUUAAUAUCAAAGGAGAAGGUACAUCAAAUUUUUCUAAAAAGAUUUACGAAAAGGAAGGGUAUGAUGUUUUGUAUGAGCAUAUGUUCGAUGAAUGGGAGGUCGAUGGUAGAAAGCCAUUUUUAAACACUGGAGAACAUAAAUCAAUGAAGAUAUAUGGAAAGAAAAUUACCCAGUGAUCAUAGAAACUAAAAAAAUAAUCCGCAUGUAGCUACAAUUUUUAUUGAACAACAAAAAUGUUUAAUCACACAUUUAGCCUUUAAAAUGAAAAAGGCAAACCUGUAAUUCAUUAAAUUCAAUAUAUAAUAAAAGUGUUAAUCAUGUCAAGUGUCGUUGACUGUUAAAUGAUUUGCGAUAAUGUCAUAAAAGUAGCGAAACGUAAA